AUGGAUGCUAUGAAUGCUUUUAAUGAUUGCAUUGAAGACAUAGCUGUUAAUGAUCUCAGAUGGAGUGGCUUUCCUCUUACCUGGAGUAAUAAAAGGGCUGGAAACAGUCGCAUUGCCUGCAAACUUGAUAGAGUCCUGGUCAAUGAAGAGUGGCUUCACUCCUUCCCUUCCUCCCAUGCAUCUUUUGAAAACCCAGGCAUAUCUGAUCACUCUCCCAUCUCCCUUGAUAUCCAGCCCUUUACUUCCUUUGGCCCCAAACCUUUCAAAUACUUUGAUAUGUGGUCUUCCCACCCAACCUUUCUCCCGGUUGUCCUUGAAGCUUGGCAAAAGCCUGUCUAUGCCUUCUCCUCCCCUCUCAUUGCCUUCUCCAAGAGGCUCAAAAAUGUCAAGGCUGCUCUCAAGGACUGGAACCUAAACAUAUUUGGCAAUAUUACUCUCCAAGUUCCAGAGUGUAAAGAUAGGCUUCAUUCCAUUCAAGCUAGGCUGCAGUCUGAUUUGCACAAUGUCUCCCUUGCUGCUGAAGAAAAAGUGGUCUCAAAUCAGCUCUCCUCCUUGCUAGCUAGUGAAGAAAGCUUUCUCAAGCAGAAGUCUAGAAUGCUCUCUCGGAAGGAUGGCUCUAUUGUCAACACAGUGAAGGAUAUUAAGGACUUGGCUGUCCAGCACUUCAAAGGAAUUUUCACAGGGCUGCAAGAAGACCAUGCUACUGUCCCUAGCCAUCUGCUCAACAAGUUUAUCGCCCCUGAAUUUCUGGAUUCCUUAAGUGCUAUCCCCAAAGAAGAAGAAAUAGUGAAAGCUAUUCACUCUCUCAAAGUCAUUGGUGCUCCGGGCCCGGAUGGCUUUAGUAUGGGCUUCUUUAUAGCUGCUUGGGACAUCAUUAAAUCUGAUCUUAUUGCUGCAAUUGAGAGCUUCUUUCUCAAUCCCAACCAAGUCAAUGGGAUCAACCACACCUUUCUCUGUCUCAUCCCCAAAAAAGAAGGAGCCAUUGCUAUGAAUGAUUUUAGGCACAUAGCCCUCUGCAACCUGCUGUACAAGUUUAUUGCCAAAAUCCUUGCUCGAAGGCUUAAGAGUGUGGUGGACCUAUUGGUUAGUGAUAACCAAACAGCUUUCAUUCCAGGCAGGAACAUCUCUGAUAAUAUCCUUUUGUGCAAUGACAUUGUUCGGGGCUUUGAAAGGAAGAAUCACUCCCCCUCACUGCUACUGAAGAUUGACAUCCACAAAGCUUUUGAUUCUAUUUGGUGGGACUUCAUUGCUCAACAAUUCAAAGAUCUCUCGGGCCUUCGUAUCAAUUCCUCCAAGUCCCUCAUCUUCUUUGCAGGAGUUUCGGAUUCUGACAAAGCUGCCUUCCUUGCCUCUUCAAGGUUCCUUGAAGGUCAGCUGCCUGUCAAGUUGGUCCUCAUUAGAUCAGUUUUGGAGGCUUCUUAUAUCUAUUGGUCGGGUAUCUAUGUGCUACCUCAAGUUACUAUCAAGGCUCUCGAAGCUCUUAUGGCUUCCUUCCUCUGGAAGGGUUCUGACACCUCGAGGUUUCUCCAUCCAUUGAGUUGGGCUGCUGUUUGCCUCCCCAAGAAGGAAGGAGGGUUAGGCAUUAGAAGAAUCAAAGAUGUCAAUUCAGCUGGUAUCAUCAAGCUUCUCUGGGAGAUUGCUUUGAAAAAGAAGAGCAUAUGGGUGGAUUGGAUUUAUUUGGGUCUUCUUCGCCAUGACUCUAUUUGGACUGCUGCCUCCUUAUCUGAUGCCUCUAGGGUCUGGAGAAAGAUCCUUGCCUGUCGUCCUUUAGUCCUUCAAGCUAUUCGCUCCAACAUUGGCGAUGGUCAAUCUACUUAUCUUUGGCUCGACAACUGGCAUCCUAGGGGAAUUCUCCUGCACCAGAUCACCCCUAGAUCCAUCUACUCCUCUGAUUUUCAUAGGCUUUCUUUGGUUGCUGAUAUCCUAGAUCACAAUGGUUGGGCUCCACCCCCAGCUGGCCCUUCCCUCACUGCCAUCUGGAAUGAGCUCCACUCUGUCACUAGAAGGCCUAUCUCUAGUGGUGACUGUGUUACUUGGUCUCGAGCAACUCUGGCUCCUUCUCUUCCAAGGCUGCUUGGAAUUUUGUCUGGCUGA